UGUGUUCCUUUCUAUUUUAGAUCCAAGCUUCUGAUGAGAUUUUGAAUAAGGUGUACAGCUCGGAGAACUCUGGGAACUUAACAGACACCGUUAGUUAAAAAUAAAAUUGCCAAGAACGUUCCGUUUUCAGUUCCCUAAAGAGCCAUUAAAAAAAAAAAAAAACAUUUAAAGAACCUUUAAAGAACCUCAUCAUUUUUUCCACUGAAAAGCCGCUAACAUUUAUUUUUGGUGGGAUGUUUUUUUUCUCAUCUGCUUGUUAAAACUGUUUUUAGGAAACAAAAAGAUGGUUCUGUGGUGUCUGUCUGAAGAACCUGUUUUGCACUGCAAACUAGAACCCUUUGAAGAGGCUGAGAACUCUAUUUUCUAAAUGUUUAAGAGGAGAACUCUGAUAUGUCCUCUGUUGUAUACUUCUUCAUAGCGGUAUAGUUCUAGAAUGUACACCAUUUUAGGAAAAAUAUAGAGGCCUUCAGGGUUAAAGGUGUAGUUUUCUUUAGGUCCUGCUUUGUCUCAUUCUCCUCGUGCGCCACUGUUCUCCACUCUUUAAGUCAAAUCCAGAAAUCUUAAUGGAUCUUCGAUUGUUCUUAUAGAACUACAGACCUGAGCGUUCUCCUACAGUCUCAGAAAAAAGUAGUUCUAUGAUAUCAGUCUAAAGAACCACUUCGGCCUGUGAAGUAGAAAAAGAACCCCUCGAAGAACACGUGAAGAACUCUUUCUCUAAGAGUGCAGGAGAACGUUCUGAUACAGUAUAAACUCUGUUCUGCGGAGGGAAAACUGGAGAACCCUUAUGUGUUCCACAGGUUUAUGUUUUUUUUUUUAUCUUAGAGUGUCCUACAACUUUUCCAUGAACUAGGGAAAGUUGGAAAUCUUGGAAACUUCGAAGACUGUGAGGCACAAGGAGAAGCAACGUAUGAGAACCAGCAGGAACCAGAGAGAACUUGAACUAGAAGAAGCUGUACAGGCAUAGGCGAGGGUAGUUAAACAUGGGUGGAACUUGGGGAACUAAGCAGGAACUAAUGGAUCUAUGAGAACUAUGUUACCAGGGAAAGUGGGAAACAAGGAGAAACUGUGAGGACUUGGAGAACCAGGAGGUGUACGAACGGAAAUCAGACAAACUAGACAAACUGUACAGGACUGUAGGAACUAAAAGAACUAGAAAGAACACUUAAUUAUAAAAACAAAACCUUAAAGAAACCUAGGCAAACAAGAAGAACGAUGGAAUGUACUAAACGUAACAAGGGGAACCUGAAUAAGACAAAGUGGGAACUAAAGGAAGGAGUAAGUAGAGGAACUUAGGAGAACUAAAGAAGUGAUGAGAACUAGGAUGAACUAGAAGAACUCAUGACAGUUUCUCUCUCUCUCUUUCUCCACAGUGCAUCUCUGGGGAUGAUGCUGUUGCCUUGGGUACCACCCUUCCUGUCGCCAUGACGAUGCCACUGAGCCCCCUCUCCAGUGACGAGGAGCAGCAGAAGAUGCUGGGGAACAGUCAGCACCUGUAUCCAGGGGCGGAGGAGGAAGAGGAGGAGGAGGAAGGGGAGGAAGAGGAGGAGCUGGAGGACGAGUAUCAAGACGAGGAGGGAGAGGAGGAGAACGGAGAGUUGAACGGAGAGGAAGAAGAGGAGGAUGAUGAAGAGGACGUCAGGAGAGCAGGAGGAGGAGGAGGAGGAGGAGGAGGGAGGGCGGAAGGACAUAGGCAAAAAGCGGCCGGGCGUUCGGUGAGAGUUACCAUCCCGGGACACACGACCAAUCCUUAUUCCUCAAAUCCUGGCCCCGCCCACCAACCGGCAGCCAAUCAUCAGCAGCAGCAGCAGCAACAGAAGAGGCUGAGGAGAGGUUCAAGCUCCGCCCUCGAUGAUGCACACAUCGCCCUGAUGGUGUUCCGUAUCGGCAUUCCUGAUAUCAAACAGACGAAGUGUUUGCGCUUUAACCCUGAGGCAACGGUGUGGAAGGCGAAGCAGCAGGUGUUGUGUAGUCUCACUGAAUCUCUGAAAGACGUCCUGAAUUAUGGCCUUUUCCAGCCAGCUACUGACGGACAUGAUGCCAAAUUCCUGGAGGAGGAGAGGCCACUCCGAGAUUACCCACAAUCCUUUGAGAAAGGAGUGCCUUAUCUGGAGUUUCGCUACAAAACCCGAGUGUAUAAGCAGACCAACCUCGAUGAGAAGCAACUCGCCAAGCUGCACACGAAGGCCAGUCUCAAGAAGUUCAUGGAGUACGUCCAGUCCGGCAGCGUGGAGAAAGUGGCUAAGCUCCUGGACAAAGGGGUCGACCCUAACUAUCAUGACACCGAUACAGGAGAGACGCCCCUGACGCUGGCUGUACAGUGUGAGCCUGGAGCCGGUGAGGUCAUCAGGGUUCUGGUGAUGGGCGGAGCUCACAUCGACUUCAGGGCCAAAGAUGGACUCACGCCUCUGCACAAAGCCGUCCGAGCUCAUGCACACACCGCCCUGCUGACUCUGCUGUCUCUGGGAUCGUCUCUGGACUAUAAAGACCGUCGAGGCCUGACGCCACUGUACCACACCACGCUGACAGGGGGCGACACGUCCUGCUGCGAGACGCUGCUUUAUCACAGAGCCAAGAUUGGAGUGAGGGAUGAGAACGGCUGGGACGAGACACACCAGGCUUGUCAGAACGGAAACUCGCAACAUCUGGAGCAUCUGCUGUUCUACGGCGCUGACUCUUCGUCCCAGAACGCCUCAGGAAACACCGCCUUACACAUCUGCGCUCUAUACAACAAGGAGAGCUGCGCACGAAUCCUGCUGUACCGUGGAGCAAACAAGGACAUAAAGAACCACAGCGGACAGACGCCGUUCCAGGUGGCUGUGAUGUCAGGACAUUUUGAGCUUGGAGAGAUCAUUAAAAAUCAUCGGGAUGCAGACGUGGUGCCGUUUUUGGAGUCGCCGAAGUUUGCGCCCCAGAGGCGGGAGAGUGGUCGCACGCUGGCUCUGCCCCAUCCACACCCAUUCCUGCGCGCCAACAGUGACAACAGCAUGAACGUUCCUGAGUGGCUGGCCUUCCCCAACGCAGCCAUGACCAACAUAGUCUCCGUGCAGGGUCUGAAACAUGGCGGUACACUGCGCAGCUCCAGCAGUCCCCGGGGAGCCCGAACGCGUUCACCGUCCCGAGGCCGAACAGGAGACAGAGACGACCGCAGCAGACAGAGCCGGAGACAGGGGCCGGGCUCCAUCAGUUCACAGGGUGCAGCUCCGGCUCAGCGAAGGCGUCUGUACAGUGCCGUGCCAGGGCGAGUGUUUGUGGCCACGCGCUCACACACAGCACAGGGCGAGCGCGAGAUCAGCCUCAACAAGGGAGACAAAGUCAAAGUACUGAGUAUUGGAGAGGGUGGAUACUGGGAGGGGACGGUGAGGGGACGGACCGGUUGGUUCCCCUCGGACUGUGUGGAGGAGGUGGCAGCUCGCAGCCUGGAGCACCGCUCAGACAGCCGUAGCGAGAAGACCAAGAGACUUUUCCGUCAUUAUACUGUGGGAUCGUACGACAGCUUCGAUGCACCCAGUGACUACAUAAUCAAGGAGAAAACAGUGCUCCUGCAGAAAAAAGACAGCGAAGGUUUUGGCUUUGUGCUGAGAGGGGCCAAGGCACAGACACCAAUUGAAGAGUUUACGCCCACCCCAGCCUUUCCAGCACUGCAGUACCUUGAGUCUGUCGACGAGGGAGGCGUGGCCUGGAGGGCUGGUCUGCGAAUGGGCGACUUCCUGAUCGAGGUAAAUGGUCAGAAUGUGGUGAAAGUCGGCCACAGGCAGGUGGUCAACAUGAUCAGGCAAGGCGGAAACAGUCUGAUGGUCAAGGUGGUGAUGGUAACCCGCAAUCCUGACAUGGAGGAAGGCUCCCGAAAGAAAAUCCCACAGCAGAGUAAAAGGCUGAGCACUCCGGCCAUCGCACUGCGCUCCAAAUCCAUGACCUCGGAGCUGGAGGAGAUGGCUUCGGCCCCGUGGAAAAAAAAAUCAGAGUUUGAAUCCUCACAAGCUACGGAGAAAAAAAGGACGGUCUAUCAGAUGGCUUUGAACAAGCUGGACGAGAUUCUAGCCGCAGCGCAGCAGACCAUCAGCACCAACGAGACCCCAGUGCCACGAGGUCAAGCAGUGAAGCGCGAGAGAGGCCGGGGCUUUUACAACGAGUCAAAUUUUGACCAAACAGGGAUGGGAAUAACGUCUUCUGGGCCAGGGCACGGCUAUGACCGUGGCCCGUUUGUGUCUGCCCACGCCCCCCAGCACGGUAUGCUGCGACAGAAAUCCAUCGGGGUUCCUGAGGAGGAGAAGCAGUUCCUCCAUCCUCCAGCCAUGAAGUUUGCACGAAGCCUUUCAGUCCCUGGCCCAGAUGACAUUCCCCCUCCACCGACCACAGCGCCCCCUGAUCCCCCUUUCUCCUCGGCACCUCCGAUGGGCUGGAGAGGCAAGGCAUCCCAGCAGCCUUCAGUAUCGGUGUCACAGUCUACCUCCACCUCCACCCACUAUCAGCUUUAUUCCCAGUCAUCUCACUACACUCAUGGACCAAGGGACAGGUCCCCUGGACCACCCACAAGCUCUGCAGUUUCUGACCAUGCAACUUCUUAUUCUCAUGCCCAAGCGAUCCCCUCUGUCCCCAGCAGGACUGCUUCCAGGAAGGUUGUGGGUUACACAGGUGAUUCCACAGGAGCUGGAGGAGCAGCAGGAGCAAGGUCAGCUGGUUUGAGAAGAGGCUACAGCAAUGCAGUUCCACCCACUAGUGUGGCCACAGUGAUCCCUCAGCAACAACAGACUGCUCAGAGCCAGCAGACAAGAGCGGAGCGCACAACAGCAGGGACAGCAGCUGUGGGCGGAGUACAGAAAGCGGGUGUCCGAAGAGGCAAGGGGCCACUGGUAAAGCAGUCAAAGGUAGAAGACCUACGUUCUGGCCAGAGCACACUAGGAAGUAAAGGUUCAUUGGAAAAGAGCUCCAUUCCUAUCCCAACCAUAAUUGUCAAAGCCCCCUCCACCAGCAGCAGUGGACGCAGUAGCCAAGGAAGCAGUGUUGAGGCUGAUGUGCCCCUUCCAGGAGAAAGUGAAAGCUCCACAGGCCCACCCAUUGCACCCCCACCUGCCCCCACCAUGCCCCCACCUGAGCCACCAUCAGUACCUCCACCGCCACCACCCUCACUGCCACCACUCAGACCUCAGGAGAACCUGGAUUUUACUAGCCAGUUUGGUGCUGCCAUUGUGGGAGCAGCCCGCAGGGAUCGUGAGCGUUUCCAUGAAGCUCGACGGAAGAGUGCCUCCUUUUUUCUCUCUGCUGAGGAGGAGUUGGCAGGGAGUACUGGGGUAGCAGGAAUAGGAAGGAGUCAGGCCUCCCAGCAGCAGCUGCAGCAGCAACUGAGCUCACAGCCUACACCUCGCCUGAGACCCUCCAAAUCUAUUGAUGAGGGCAUGUUCUCAGGCGACACAUUCAUUCAACAUGCUCGCAGCAUGCCGCCUGCCUUUGGUCUUCCUGAGUAUUCCACAUCUGCGCCUCUGGGGGACUAUCAGCCUAAGUCUGUACCUGCUGACUUCUACCUGGGAGCCAGUCGUCAACAGCCACAACAGCAACAGCCUACCACCACCUUCAUCCACCCACUGACAGGGAAAGUUCUAGACCCAUCCUCUCCACUGGGCUUGGCUCUAGCUGCACGGGAGCGUGCCCUAAAGGAUGAUGGACGGAUGCGCAGAGAAAGGGCUGGUGAACACCACUUCACCCGCCAACUCUCCAGCGUGGGGCCUUUUCCUUCAUCCGCUGCCCCACCAUCAUCACUGCUCUCUCACUCAUCCACUCCCUCUUCCUCCAUGAUCUCUUCUGCUGCUCAGUCCUCCAACUCUUCCUCAUACCUCGUCACGUCCUCUUCACUAGCUGCCACCACCACCUCCACUCGGCCUCCAUCACCCAGGAUCCUUAGAGGAGCAGGGGGCGGUUGGACAGAGGAGACUGGGGAACGUGCUGAGAGAGAGUCUGCAGGAGCUGCACCAUCCAGGGAAGGGCUGAGGGUCCGGUUCUCUGAGGACAAAACCGUCCACACACACCACUACCAGUCUCAGCACUACCAACCCACACAGAAGGAAAGAGAGAGAGAGCGGCAGAGGGAACGUUCCCGGGAACGAGAGAGGGAGAGAGAGAUAGAAAGAGGUCAGAGCCAGCAGCAACAGCCAUCCUCACAGCCCACCACUCAGCAACCCCGGAGACCAUCCUUCUUGAGGAUGGAGAGUGAGGCAGGAACGUACAUCCUCUCACUCACCCCUCCAUCUCCUCCACCUACUGCCAUGACCACACGCACUUCAGCAGGACCAGGGACUGGGGGAGAGGGAGGCAGCAGCAUGGGACUGAUGGUUCUCCCUCCUCCAGCUCCAUCAGUGGAUGCAGAUGAUGAGUUUGUGUUUGCUGAACCUUUGCCACCUCCACUAGAAUUUGCUAACAGCUUUGAUCGUGCAAGUUAUUCUGCUAUAAUCGCUAACAACCUUGCAACCCGGCAGCAACAACACCAUCCAGCACCUCCACCUCCGCCCCCACCUCCACCUCCCCCAAAAGAUGCCUUCAUGACUGGCUUCCCUGCUCACACACCCCUGCCCUCUCCACAGGCUGGUGACUCCACCACCUCCAGUCUCACCUCCUAUGACAGUGAAGUUGCUAAUUUGACCCAGUCUGCCCCCUCUCCCUCUAUUGCUUCUCCCAACCCUCCCCCACCUUCAUCACCUUCCACCUUACAACCUUCUGGACCCCCUCCACCUCCCUCUGUGUCACCACCACCUCCUCCCUCUUCCUACCACAGACCUUUCAGCUUGUCUCAGACCCACCACCACUAUAACAGCACCCCUGCAACCAGACGUGCCACUUCUCCCACACCACCGCUUAUCACAAUCCCAGCUCCCUCUGCCUAUGGAGGACCUCCCGUUGCUUCUUCUACCCCUGCUACAUCCGCUGCUUUGAGGGGGACUUCCAGCCUCUCCAUGACCGCAACCUGUGCCACAGCAACCACCACCAUAACUACAACUUCUGUUGCUGCUAGCACUGCGCCUGCUGUCAGCCUGCACACCCAGCGCAUGGCAACUGUUUCCACAGUGGCCACAGGGAGUGGGAGUAGGCGACCCAGUGCUGAGCACCACCCACCACCCAGCUCAGCCAUGGCCAAGAGUGGUGAGUCCCAGGAGACCGUAGUGGACUCUGGUAUUGAGGAGCUGGACAGCCGCAGCAGCAGUGACCACCAUCUGGACAGCAUCCUGGCACUUAGCAGUGGGGGAGUCAGAGAAAGGAUGGAGAGAGCAGCAGAAAGUGACAGGACAAGUGGAGCAGAUUUCUUAGAGUCCUACAUGAGCUACCUGGAUGGACAGACUUUCGAAAUGCACAACACUAAAGCAGCAAGCACUGCUUCCACAUACCCCAAAAUGCAACGGUACAGAGAGGGCAGUCGUGCAUCAGAGCUCAGACGGCAGACCAGCACGGCUCCACCAGCCUACCACAGACGCCGUGGGGAGGAAGAGCCUGAGGAGGAGGAGCCAGAGGAGGGAGAGGAAGAGGAUGUGGGCACUCGGGAUGGUUACAGCAUUAGGGAAGGACCAGGAUUGUCUCGCUCCGCUGUCAUGUACUUUGAUCGGCCCCGAACCCCUGAGAUGAAGUCCCUUUGGGGUGAUGGGUCAACUGGCGCUACGCAGAUAGUGACUGAUAGCGGGGCUCAGUCUGAUGGAACUUACCUGGAAGGGCGUAAACUGCACCCACCCAUGUCCGGCAUGAAAGCAAGCAUCAUCAGUGAACUGAACACCAAAUUGCAACAAAGGAGCAAAGGAAUGGAGAACUGGGGAGCACAGCGAUCACUCAGCAGGCACAGGUUCUCUGAAGAUUCAACAGGUGCACUGAGCCCUCCAUCGGUACGCUCGCCCUCUCCAUCUCCUCUGGCUCAGCCUGCACUAUCUCCGUCUCCUACAGCUUCCCCCCAUCCUCCUCUCUACCCAAACUGGGCUCGAUCAUCUUCCCCGCAGCCCCCCGGUGCCCCUUCUCAACCCCCCUCCACUGCCCCUGGCACCACUGCCCGCUCCCAUUCACCCGUCUCACCUUCAGCCUAUGCACCCUACCCCACCUCCCCUAAGCACCGUCCGGUUUACCGGUCCAAAGCCCUCGAGUUCCAGUUCAUCCCAAGCAGGGAGUCACGUAAGGCGGAGUCUCAGCGCCGACGAGCACCCAGUCCACUCAUCUCACCCUCAGAGCGUCCCAAACUGGGUCCCCCAAGGCCUUCUUCCCUCCCUAUCCUUCCCACUACACCACUUUACAGCAGCUUAUAUGACCUACGCGGUUCCAUCACUCCUCCAUCCCCCGCUAAUCCCCUAGGUGACGCUUACUUCUCUCCAUCCCCUCCUUUGUUUGCUCCUUCUGGAGCACCGCCACCACCUAAUUCAUCCCUGGUGGUCUCUCGCUCCCUUUCACCCACCCACUUCCUCUCUGGUUCAUCCUCCCCACCACUCCACUCUAUAGCUCCACCCACUUGCCUAAGUUACCCUCACUUGCCUCCUCCAUCCCCUUCCAAGCCCUUUGCCUCCAAGCCGCUGCCCUACUGGACCAAGUAUGACGUAGCUGAUUGGCUGGCCUACCUGAACCUGGCUGAGCAUAGGGAGCGCUUCCUGGACAACGAGAUUGAUGGCACGCAUCUGCCUUCGCUCACCAAGGAGGACUUCCUGGACCUUGGUGUAACUCGUGUGGGCCAUCGCAUGAAUAUAGAGCGAGCGCUCAGGAGGGUGAUGGACAGGUUGUCCUCUAGCCCCUUCCCCAUUUCUGCCCUCUCCCCACGAGAUGGAAGAGCCAGGGAUGAAGGUGCCCGGAGCUGAGAGGACAGACCAAAAGAUAGAAAGACACUAAGGACAAACAAAGUGACAAAAGUCUGAGCAACUGUGGCUAUCUGCGGCUGACAAACCUCUUUACAGACAGAAGCAACAAGGACAUCACCGUUACCAGGGAAUGUUGAGAGGAAAGAAGAGUAAGAGAUGCAGGGAUGGAAAAUGGGGAUACCAAGCUUAUCCGGCAACAACCCACACAAACACACCUCACAGAUCACUCUCAGAUAAAGGCGCAUUCUCACAUGCUUACUUACUUACUUGCACUGAGCAAUCAGAAACAGGAAGCCCGAAAAAUAUCGACAUAAACACAAUCUGAGCCAAAUACUAUGACAGAAACAAUCAAACGUAUUAUCGCAGUUCUUGGUUUGUUGAUUUAUUUAUAUUUUUAUUUACGACAUAAGAGAGAUACUGAGUCGUCCAUUGAGGUCUUUCUCUGUUUUUGGUCGGUGUCACACGUGACUCUAAGCCUUACUCUCCCCUUUUCUGAUUGGUUCUUGGUUGGGACUCCUUAAUCAAAAAAAACAACACAGUGGUACAGUCAUAGUGUAACAGAAAAGAACCUGACUGGUGGAAACCUAGGUGCUCAGAGCAGUGGCCAGUUUACUGCCUAAUACCUAACUCAGAGAGUGUGUGUAGACCCAAGAAUCCCUCUUCUAUACGUGUGUGUGUGUGUGUGUGAAUGAACUAAAUAGUGUUCGAAGGUCGUUUUUACCUUUGGAGGAAUUCGCCGAAGCUUGCUGAUGUUGUAUUUUGCUAGAACCUUCUCAUGGCAUAAAUAUAUAUAUAAAUAUAUAUAUAUAUAUAUUAUACAUUAACAGACUGGUCACUGUAUUGCAAACCCGUAGCAAAAAACAAAAAAAACAAAAGAAAAAACAAAAAGACAAGUGCCCAGACCAACAGAAUACAGAUAUACACAUACCCAAUGCAACAUCAGGCUCACCUCCAUAACUAUGAACACACACCAUUUAUUCACAAUACAAAAAUGGGACACCUAAUUAUCUACAUAUGGACCAGAGGUGAAUGACGUCAACAAAAAGAAAACCGUUUUUACGACACUCUCGACAAGUUGAAGUGACUGCUACACCAAUCGACUGAACAGCGAUCCAGAGGUUCACUGUCCAUAAGGGAGGAGAGAGACGCCAAAAUCUCUUUCCUAAUCACAACUCCUUUUACAAUAGCUCUCUUUAUUAGGAGGCAAAGUGGGAUGUGCAUCCAGAUGCCCUGAAUUUGUGGCAUUCGUGCUUAUACCUGUUUUAAUAUGAUGAUUGUUCUUAUAACAAAGACAUUUUUAAACUUUAAAAGGGUCUGGAAUACUAAUGUUGUUAUAUAAAAGAAGAGAGAUUUAUUGUUAUUUAGCGCAGUUCAUUGCUCUCAUGGUCCUUGCUGUUAUCAGCUAAAGCUAUGCCAUUCUGCUCCCCUUUACUUGAUGUGUCCAAAUAAGAGGCGUGUCUGAUUUUGCAAGGGGCGGGGCUUAAGUGAAACUUGAUAACCUAAACCGUGAACUUGGAUCAUGUGGUAUCACCGCUAGUUUUUAUUUAAUUUCAUUUCUAUAUGAUUUCUAUAACUCAGUCUAUUGCUUAGAAAUGGCACGGAUUUAGCUCCUGUUAGCAAGCUGGCAAACUUAACUACUGGUUUAUUUACACAAUAAAUAGUUUACCAAACAUACCUAAAAUUAGUCACACCCUUGGAUUGGCUGAUUGG